GUGUGUUUGAACACUUUCUAUCACGGGCACAAUUUGUGAAAUACCUAGGGACUACUUUCUGUACGUUGCGGCGGAACACAAAAUCACAAAGGGCAAGCGAGAAUCAGAGACAUCCAAAAUGGCGUCUACAGGUGAAGCGCUGACUCUGGAAAGAGAUGUAAGGCGGGCUAUCGAGCUGCUGGAUAACCUGCAGAAGACGGGAGACGUCCCUCCACAGAAGCUACAGGCCCUGCAGAAGGUUCUACAGUCCGAUUUCUGCAAUGCUAUCAGGGAGGUCUACGAGCAUGUCUACGAAACCGUGGACCUGACCGGCAGUCCGGAGAUCCGAGCCAACGCCACCGCGAAAGCGACGGUCGCCGCCUUCGCAGCCAGCGAGGGCCACGCACACCCCCGCGUCGUGGAGCUGCCGAAGACGGAGGAGGGGCUGGGCUUCAACGUCAUGGGCGGGAAGGAGCAGAACUCCCCGAUCUACAUCUCCCGAGUCAUCCCCGGCGGAGUGGCCGACAGGCACGGCGGGCUGAAGAGAGGCGACCAGCUCUUGUCCGUCAACGGAGUCAGCGUGGAGGGCGAAAACCACGAAAAGGCCGUCGAGCUGCUGAAGGCCGCCACCGGCACCGUCAAGCUGGUCGUCCGCUAUACUCCCAAGGUCCUGGAGGAGAUGGAGGCCCGCUUCGAGAAGAUGCGAAACCACCGCCGCGGACGCAGGCCAAUGGAAUGUUAGAUCAUCAUGCAUGCUGAAUUUUCUACGAGGACUUUUAGAGAAAGGACUUCUAGAAUUUUGUCACAUUUAAAUGUUAGAGUUGAUGCAAGUCUGGAAUACAUAUUGUACUAUCGUAAGAAAACAAAGUGGUAGCACCAAUUACAAUGAUUCACAGUUUACAUUUACAUAUAGUUCACAUAAUUUAGAACUUGAGUGUUAUUAUUAAUAUUGAGGAAUAUGGCUAUCAGACUUAGAAUCAUUCCUAUUUUGAAAUUGGAGAUUGUCGUGUGAACUAGAUGAAUGGAAUAAGCUAGAAUGAGGGCACUACUGGCUAAUAGUGCCAAGAGAGAAGGAAUAUAAUGUCAAUCAUGAAAAUGCCUCUAAAUAGCAAUUUAGUAGUGCUGGUCAACUUUGCCCUGAUAGGUGGUCCCAUCCUUAAUGCACCAAUCGCAGAAAUAAGCUCUUAAAACAGUUACAAAUUGUGUUGUAAGGACCAGGGUAUGGUGUUAUCAGACAGUUAUCCACUAUAACUGUGUUUAACAAAUUCAGAAAGCAGCAAGUGGUUAGUGAAUCCAAAAUUAUAACUGCUGCCUUUUUUCUUGCUGUGCAAAGAUAAUAGCACAAGGCACUCCUUUUUACAAUGUCCCAGCAAUUAAAAAUGUCCCAGACAACUGUACCCCACAAUUACAUGUAUUUUCAGCCUAGGAUGGACCUGUUAGACCAGGCUAUUAAAAUUGCUGUGAGAAGCUGCAACAAAAAAUACUGAAAUGAUUUUUUAUCCCAAGAAUUCUUUACCUAUGUAUACAGGACUUUUUUGUGUGUUUGAAUUCAAUUGCAUCAGAUAUGUCAGUGAUUUUAAGAAGUGGUUACAUGCUGUAUUCCUAGUCAACAAAAUGCCUUUAGCUGAAGCAUGUAGGGACAGUUAAGUUGUAGAGCCUCUGUUUGCUGAAUAUGUAGAUGUUGGGUAGAGAUUAACAUUAUCACUGUGCAGCUUUGGAUAAAUUCAGUCAUGACUUUCUGUGGCUUACAUCUUAAGUAGAUGUGUUGUUUUGACUCACUUUGGUGAUUUUGUAAUCGAAUCAGCCUAUGGAACCAACAUAACAUCUAACAGGUGUGCAACAAAAGGUGUUAAAACAACACCUCUACUUAGAAAUCAUGACAGUGGUUUCAUUCAUCCAUGUUUACCAGAAUGUAUGUCAGUUGCUUAGUCAUUUCUGGUGAGACUUUAAUACUGUCACUGCUUGCUACUGCUUCAUGAUUGUGUUACAAUAUUAUCACUAAUAAAUACACAAUGGUAUUAAAAAUGAGUAUGUGUGG